GGCUGACGAUGUCAUCGGGCUUGAUGGUGUUGAGUUGCACAAAACACGACACAGGCCAGUCCUACUUUGAAAAGCUUUCCAACAACUGAGGCUGUUAGAAAGCAGCCACCUGCUGCAGCGUCCUCCACCCACCACUGCUACGACAUCUGGCAGACGAGUCAGAGAGGCGGAGGAGACACAUUUUGAAGCAGAGCUGCUGUCAACCAGGACGUCAACCUGGAGAGAAGACCAACGGACUGGCUGCACGGCUCGGAACAGGAAGUCAGCGCUAAGCUGCAGGUGUGGCCACAAAUGGAGUACGCAAAUCUGACAGACGGCCUAGAGAGCAACUCGGACUGUUCCUCCAUCGAUGACUUCCGUAACCAGGUUUACUCCACGGCCUACUCCCUCAUUACUGUGUUCGGCCUGGUCGGGAACGGUUUGGCCCUGGUGGUGCUGAUCAGAACGUACCGCCAGAGCUCCCCCUUCCAUGUCUACAUGCUGAACCUGGCGGUGUCUGACCUGCUGUGUGUCAUGACGCUGCCACUGAGAGUUAUCUACUAUGUGAAAAAGGGCCAGUGGGACCAGGGCGAUUUCCUAUGUCGCAUCAGCUCCUACGCCCUCUACGUGAACCUCUACUGCAGUAUUUACUUCAUGGCUGUCAUGUCCAUCACACGCUUCUUGGCCAUUGUCUUUCCUGUGCAGAACAUGUGGCUGGUUACAGAAAACCGUGCUCGUCUGGUGUGUGUGGGCGUCUGGGUGUUUACCUGUCUUUCGUCCUCACCUUUCCUGAUGUCCGGCCAGCAUUUUGACCCGGUCACAAAUAAAACCAAGUGCUUUGAGCCUCCACAAGGUGCCGGUGUGCAGAAAAUAGUCGUGCUGAACUAUUUGUCGCUGGUGGUGGGCUUUGCCCUUCCCUUCCUGGUCAUCCUGCUCUGCUACGCUGGCAUAGUCCGCGCCCUGCUGUCCCGUACCAAUGCUGCCCGACGCCAGCGGGGCACAGGCGACAAAGCCAUCCGAAUGAUCGUCAUCGUCCUGCUGACCUUCCUGAUCAGCUUCAUGCCGUACCACGUGCAACGCACCAUCCACCUGAACUUCCUGUCCCGGACUGACAGCACUUGCUCUGAGAAGAUUGCCAUGCAGAAGUCCGUUGUGGUGACGCUGAGCCUGGCCGCCGCCAAUUCCUGCUUCGAUCCACUGCUUUAUUUUUUCUCUGGAGAGGGUUUCCGCAGUCGCUUGUCCUCGCUGCGCCAGUCAAUGAAGAGCAGCACCAUGCACCGUAUAACCAAGAUUGAGUCGGCCACAGUGCCAGAAUCUGGGGAAAACCACCACCCGAGGGCCAGUUAAUUCCCACCGGACACAAUGUCAUCUAACAAGCAGCUUAUGAUACGUUUACAGAGCUACCUUAGAUCAUGAAAGGCAGAAAAAAAGCUU